GAUGCGGCUCUGUCUGUGAACGCAUGACAUGGCUGUGCAGCCAACCUUGCGUUUGUUUACUUGACACAACCGGCGACAACGACGCGAAUUCCUCUAUCGCGGGAGCGCGCAAGUACCUAGCGGAAAACAAGUGUAAUCUCGCGAGCUCACGAGACCAAUCAGAGAGCGGCGUCGUCCCUGGCUGUCAGUGCACGGGAGGAGGAGGUCGCGCUGUCUGGAGCGCUGGUGUCUGCGUUCUCUUCCCGCCUCCCGCCGGCUCUCCUCCCCCUGUCUGCUGUGCUCUCCCUCCCCGGGUCGCUCGUCACGUCCGGUAGCCGGAGGUUGUGGAGGAGGCCGCGGCCAAGAACAGCAGCACCGGGGGAGCCGUGAAGUACAAAGAGGCCGCUGUGUGACCGAGGCCCUGGGCCUAAGACACAGAAAAACCGCAGCACCAGCAAAGUGAAUGAGAUUUGACAAAUCCCAGGACCAUGGAUUUUCCUGGACAUUUUGAGCAGACAUUUCAGCAGCUCAAUUACCAGCGUCUCCAGGGCCAGCUUUGUGACUGUGUAAUAGUCGUGGGCAGUAGACAUUUUAAAGCUCACCGCUCUGUGUUGGCCGCAUGCAGUACUCAUUUCCGCGCUCUAUUUACUGUGGCAGAGGGUGACCAGAGCAUGAACAUGAUCCAGCUGGACAGUGAGGUGGUAACAUCUGAAGCCUUUGCGGCCCUGAUUGACAUGAUGUAUACAUCCACUCUUAUGCUUGGGGAGAGCAACGUGAUGGAUGUCCUACUGGCUGCAUCUCACCUCCACCUGAAUUCAGUAGUGAAAGCAUGUAAGCAUUAUCUCACGACGAGGACAUUGCCCAUAUCUUCUCCAAAUGACAGAUCUCAGGAGCAGAGUGCAAGAAUGCAGAGGUCUUUCAUGCUUCAACAGCUGGGAUUGAGCAUAGUUAGCUCUGCCUUAAAUUCCAACCAGAGUAAUGAAGAUCAGUCACAGCAGCAACAGAAUUCCAUGAGCUCCUCAGUUCGGAAUACUAUGGUUGAGCAGAGGGCCACCUUUCCAAUAAGAAGGCUUCAUAAAAGAAAGCAAACCUCUGAGGAAAGGGCUAGACAGCGCAUGAGGACCUCCAUUGAAGAAUGCCUCAUAACAGAUGUUACCAAUGAAAGUAUUCAGUCUAUGGUCAAUUCUCGUGAAGCAUAUUUUUCUCCUGAUUCUAUCAAAAUUGCAGACAAUUUAAAAUCGGAUUCUGCCCCUGACAACCAGGAGGAUGGUGCUAUCCUAUUUGAUCAGUCAUACAGUAACCAAGAAGACACACAAGUGCCCAGUCAGUCCGACAAUGGUGGGGAAAACCUCAUUUCAAUGACAUCUCAGACGGCCUCUGAAACGGGCUACGGCCAACAGUCCUGUGAUAAAACAAUAUAUACUUCUGAGACUAUUACAAUAGAUGAGAAAGACCACAUGAGAGUUAUUGUUAAAUCUGAGCCUUUGAGCUCCCCGGAGCCCCAAGAUGAGGUCAGUGAUGUAACAUCCCAAGCAGAAGGGAGUGAGCCUGUUGAAGUAGAAGGCGUUGCAAACGGUGAAAAGAUUGAACUGAGCCCAGAAAGCAGCGAUCGUAGUUUCUCUGACCCUCAGUCAAGUACUGAUAGGGUGGGAGAUAUCCAUAUACUGGAUGUGACUGCCAGCUUAGAGCACAAAUCCUCUUAUAGCAUUUCAAAUUUUCUUAAUAAGAACAGAAAUGGCAGCCUCAGCUUAAGUCAAAACAGCGAUGAUAACAUUCCCAACACAACCAGUGACUGUAGAAUGGAUGGAGAGGUGUCCUACCUUAUCAGCCCCGAGUCUGGACCCAGUGGUCAUUCGUCUAAUAUGAUGUCUCACAUGGAUAACCCUUUCGGUGAUGGGCCUGACUCUCAUUUUGCUCGUCCUAUGCAGGAUGUAAUGAGUUUACCCUGUGUUCAGUCCUCUAACUACCGUGGAAAUGACCCGUUUGGAGUGGAAUUCCCAAGGUCCGGGUUAGGACUUCACUCUAUGUCAAGAUCUAUCAUGGGCAAUGUUAGGGGCCGUGCAUUUAACUUACCCAAUUAUCGCCGCAUUGCCCCCAAAAUGCCUAUCGUAACAUCAGUACGGAGCGCUCAGCUACAGGAUAACCCUUCCAAUUCGCAACAUAUGAUGAACGGGUCAAAUUCCUCAUAUGAUAAUGGGAACACUUCCCAACAGGGUCCACCACAGUUGACAAGGGCUUCUGCAGAUGUUCUGUCUAAGUGCAAGAAAGCUCUCUCCGAGCAUAAUGUGCUGGUGGUAGAGGGGGCCCGCAAAUAUGCCUGUAAAAUAUGUUGUAAAACCUUCCUAACUUUAACAGACUGCAAGAAGCACAUCAGAGUACAUACCGGUGAGAAACCGUACGCGUGCCUGAAGUGCGGCAAACGCUUCAGUCAGUCCAGCCAUUUAUAUAAGCAUUCCAAGACUACUUGCCUGAGGUGGCAAAACAGUAAUCUUCCCACAACGUUGCUUUAACUUUAGCACUUCUGCAAGACCAGUUGAUCUCAUGUUGUGUGAUGUAGCAGCAUCUCCUCGUACUUAUCUAAAGUAGAAAGACUCAGCGUGUGUUGUGAACGAACAAGCAAAUGACUUUUGGACAAAGUAUCUGGUCUUGGAAGGGAAAAUCCCCUCUCCUUGAGGUGCAAGUUCUUCAUUUCUUUAUGUAUGUUUUAUGUAAACUGAUACCUGAAUACUAACAUACUGUUUUACCAGGCAUUUCUGUACAACCAUGUAAACCUAUAAUGCAGCUGAAUGCAUUUUUAGCCAUUUUUUGGUAAGUAUUGUUUCCUUCCUUCAAGUAAGUUAUUGAAAACUAAGUUUUUCAAUUGAAGACAAUAUUUAAGUCCUUCCAAUAAAGGAUCUCCAUUGCCAGUGUGUUUACUUGUGCGGUAUAGCCUCUGUGGUUUCACUUGAGGACUUUUAUUUUAAUAGAUGCAAACAGAAAACAGACACUUGUUCAUGAUGUAUUUAAUAAGUCUUAAACACUUCUAUUCUCACCCCUUAAAGGGAUUCUCUGAGAAUCAGGACAUUUUAGCAACUGCCAGCAGCCUGCCUAAGCUGAGGAAUCAUACUUGCCUGCUCCCGUUUUAGUUUUUUUUCAUAUUCCGCACCUUGCACCGUUUAAAUCCAGCACAGAAUGGGCUUCAGCAGUAAGGUGCCUCUUGUGGUCAUGUUACCGCUAAAGACAGUCAUUGGCUGCAGCAGAGCAUUUGACCAUGCUGCGCCGGAUGUGCAGGGAGUGGAAUAUGAAAAAACCCCACAAGCAGCGUGGAGCAAGGCAAGCAUGCAUCCUCAGCUUAGUGAGGCAGGUUUAUUGUGACAACUAAGAAUAUGUUUUAGGCCUCUUUCACACAAGCAAGUUUUCUGUCCGGGUGCGAUGGGUCUGUGCACACGAGUAUUGUUUUUCAUGCAGCAUG